AUUGUCUUUUCUUAUACGUGGAAUACGUUAAAGACUCAAACUUUAAAACAGAGACGAUAAGGUUGGGGAGACCCAUCACGCGGACAAGAACUGAGCUUAAACCCCAUUUGAUAACUUUUGUCGGAGCUCCGGCGAACAAAAAUGGCGGCAAAGUUUAUAGGCGGAGGCUGUUCAUGGCGGCGCUUUUCAAGAAACUUGGAAAAGAGAGCAGCAUCAUCAUCUCGAGUUCUUAUCUUCUCUGUUCGGUCCUCUCAUUCCAUGGAUGACAUGGACACUGUCUAUAAGCAAUUGGGACUGUUCUCACUAAAGAAGAAGAUCAAAGAUGUUGUUCUCAAGGCGGAGAUGUUAGCACCUGAUGCUCUUGAGCUAGAAGAAGAGCAAUGGAUUAAGCAAGAAGAGACAUUGCGUUACUGUGACUUAUGGGAUGAUCCAACCAAAUCCGACGAGAUUUUUCUUAAGUUAGCUGCUCGUGCCAAAGCAGUUGAUACUCUCAAAGACCUCAAGUACAAGGCCGAAGAAGCUAAGCUAAUUAUACAGUUAGAUGAGAUGGAUGCUAUAGACUACAGUCUUUUUGAGCAAGCUUAUGAUUCAUCCCUCGAUGUGAGCAGAUCCUUGCAUCACUAUGAGAUGUCUAAGCUUCUUAGUGAUCAGUAUGACUCUGAAGGAGCGUGUAUGGUUAUCAAAUCUGGAGCUCAUGACACAAAAUCUCAGAUGUGGACAGAACAAAUUGUAAGCAUGUACAUCAAGUGGGCAGAGAAGCUAGGCCAAAACGCAAGAGUGGCUGAGACCUUGAGGAAUAGAAAUGGCGUGAGUUCAGCCACAAUAGAGUUUGAAUUCGAGUUUGCUUAUGGCUAUCUCUUAGGUGAGAGAGGCGUGCACCGUCUUAUCACAAGUUCUACAACCAGUGAGGUUUCUUCAGCGUCUGUAGAGAUCAUACCGCUGUUCUUGAGAGCUUCUCCUGAUUUUGAAGUGAAGGAUGAGGAUUUGGUUGUAACGUAUCCUGCAAAAGAGAAUAAUAAACUAGCUGAGCAGAUGGUUCGUAUUCAACAUCUUCCGAGUGGCAUAACUGUAGAAUCUUCAGGAGAAAGAAACCGGUUUGCUAAUAGGAUCAAAGCUCUAAACCGGUUAAAGGCAAAGCUGCUUGUGAUAGCUAAAGAACAGAAGGUUUCAGAUGUGUAUAAAAUCAACGGCAAGAACAUUGUGGAGCCAUGGAGAGUAGAAGAAACCAGGAGAUAUGUCUCUAAAGGUCAGAAGAUGGUGGUUGAUUUGAAAACCGGUUUAGAGAUUUUGGACCUUAAAUCGGUUUUGGAUGGGAACAUUGGGCCACUUCUUGGAGCUCAUAUUGGCAUGAGAAGAUCCAUUGAUGCCAUUUAAUUAAUUGAGGCUUUUUUGUUGUACACAUAAAAUAGUCAAACUUUGUAAAACCUAAAAUUUAAUUAUAUAAUAAUAACUAGAUCAUAUUACAAUAUUUUUUUAAAAAUCUAAGAUUUUGAAUUUAUUGAUUCUCAUGCUUUAUAAAUUGUAAUUAGCAAAACUAGAGAUUUUGCCCGGGCUACGCCCGGGGUUAGACAAAUGUAAAUGUAUUUUUUGUCGUAAUAUAAAUAUAUUUAAUAUAUAUAAUGCACAUUAUAAAGUAUAAACCAUAUAUUGAAUUAGAAAUGAGUAAACUAACAAUUUAUCAUUUUUACUAUCUAAAAAUAUAUAGAAAAUGAGUAAAUAUGAAAUGAAUAAAGAAUAGUUAAAUCUAAAUUAUAAUCCAAACAUUUCUUAUUUUAUAUAUUGGAUUAUCAUGAAAAAUAAAUUAUUAAUCAUAGGUAAAGUCAUCUGGUUGCGAUAAAAAUGAACCAUAUAUUACAUGUGUAAAAUCUGAGAACAUACUA